AUGCCACCUCCCCAGGCUCUAGGACUGCACUCACCAGCAAGUCAUGAUGCCACAACCUCUAGCCCCCAAGAACGCUUUUUGGGCUAUCUUGCAGAAGAAUCGUUCUUGUCCAACUCAUGCUCUUCCGAGCCCGUUGAUGUUGAGGUCACGGAGAGAGCCGCAACGGAAGGCGAAAGCAACAUGGUUCCGGCCAACAACACACUUGCUCUGCCCCCAGACUCACUGAUAAGCGCAUUCAUUGAUGCGUAUUUUGUUAAUCUUUUCCCUCUUGUUCCUGUCGUCGAUAGGGAGGACGUUGCUGGCGACAACCAGUCCUUACUGUUGGUGCAGUGCAUGUGCCUGCUGGGCAGUCACUUCCGCCGUCCCCGACUGCCGUCCAUCCCAUCUGCCGACGCCUUUUACACCAGGGUAAAAGAUCUCCUCAACAUUAAUUUCGAGAAGGAUAACUUGGCCACGCUAAAGGCAUUAUGCCUGAUUGCCUGCCGGAGUGCCGAGCCACCCACCAAGGUCAGCCUUGAUAGCCCCUGGCAUUGGCUAGGUGUCGCUACACGCUAUGCCUUCAAUAUGGGCCUUCAUCGCGAGAUGACCUAUCAUGGUAGGCAGGCCACGGGAAUCAGCCGUCGUAUAUGGUGGCAUUUGUUUAACCAGGACAAACUACAGUCUCUAUGUUAUGGACGACCCCCCGCAAUUCGUCUGCACGAAGUGGACGUCAAGACCCCAACCCUGAAUGACUUCUCGCAGGCUCAUCCUGAUAACGAGAUCUUCCUCCAGAGGGUCAAAUUGUGUAUCGUGCUGGGAAAGGUGUCCGAUGCCCAGUACGGCCGACAGCAGCAGUCAUUGCUCGAAGAUGCAACGAAUAUCGGAGAAUACCUCAAACAAUGGAUUGAAGAGCUCCCAGAUGAUUUGAAACUCUACCGUCGUGACAGAAAUGAUGAGCGCGCCCCGUAUAGACGCGCAGUGUCAGAGCUGCACAUCAUGUAUUUUACCGGGAUCAUCCUCUUCUACCGCUUGGUCGAAAACCGACGGCUUGGGUUGACACCGCUUAAGAUAUCAGUAGUAGCGGCUUCCUGUAUUGUCCGUCUCCUGAUGGAAAUCUACUAUCGGAAUGAAGUUGCCCUACUACUCCCGAUUAACAACUGGUACGCCACCGUCGCCAGUGUGCCACUCAUAUCGGCCCAGGCCAAGCUCCCAGAGGAAGUCGACCUGCGCCGAGAUGAAUUGAAAAUGUUACGGCUAGUGUUGCGUGAUAUGGUCACCACAUCUCCCAGCACUGUACUAAUUCUAAGUAACAUUGAUCGCAUUGAGCGCUGCGUGCUAGGAAGUUCCGCGCCGGUUGACCUGCUGCCGCACCGUUCACUUGGCGGUGUUAAUGGGCAAACAGGCUCCAGCAACCUCGAUAACCUUCCAUGGGCUCAAUUCACACCCGUUGAUCCCUUGGCCUUAUUCCCGUUUCCAUCCGGUCUGUCUUCCAGUAUGCAUCUCAUUCACCCUACUUCCGUUGCCAGAGAGUCCCAGAACUACCCGUUGGGACCCGGGGGCGUAUCCGUGGCGGAUGAGAUGACGGACGAACAGGGGCAGGAGGAGCAGUAUUUUGCGUUGAAUUUUGAUUUCAGCAAUGUCCAGUUAGAUGAAUUUCCUCUCGCCUUUACUGACGCUGAUAUACCCUCUUUUGGCGGGUUCCUUUAA